AACACAGGUCUUCCGGAACGCCGAAGAGUCCUAAGUCUUUUCUACUAGAGACCACGUGAUGCGCGUACUCUGCUUCUAUUUCUUCUUAGUCUUGUGUAUGGGAUGUUUGCUUUUGUUUUUCUAUCUAUUGGACUCUUUGCGGAUUGAACAUUACGUUCGAUGGUCUAGCCCUGUUUCUAACUUCUCAGACAGAGCUGUGUAUGAUACUAGAGACAUAUGUUAUCUGUUCUCGGACGGAUCACUCAAACUGACAAAGAAGCUUAGUAAUCAGAUCAGAGUCAACGGCAAGAAGGAUGUGACACUGGCUGAGUUGAAUGGUCAAUCGGUAGUAGUGAAAACUGCUCCUCUGUUUGUUGUUCGAGUAGAAGAUGUCUUUCAAAACAAGAAAAUAACCGUAGGUAGUCGUUGGAUCAAAGAGGAGACAAUUGACACAUUGCUGUGGCCGGAAUUAGAGACAGUGAAUGGAUUUUCUAGACAAAGUUUCGAGUCGAUGAAGAGAAAGAGCGACACAACGAAUGAUCAUCUGUUUGAUAAAAACGAAAUGGGAACUUUGAUAAAUGAUGUAGUUGGUAUGAUGAAUAGGAAACCUUCACAAGAAAUUUGGUAUCAUCUGAGGUUGCCACACGCAUCAUUUCUGCCCAAAUAUUUUGGCAAAUGCAAUCGAUCACAUGUUGUUGAGUAUCUCCAGAAUGGAGACCUUCAACAAUUUGUGAGAGAAACACUGACCGAUAAGAAAGCUAACAGAACAAUGUUCAACAUUUGGAGAAAUAUCAUUGUUCGUGUUAUCAGGCUUGUCCAUCAAUUGGAUGACACAGAGCUGGGGUCUCUUUACUUUUGUGAUGCACAGGCACAGAAUUUUGGUCUCACUAUCAACUGGGAGGUUAAGCUCCUUGAUGUAGACAGCUUGUUUGCAAAGAAACAUGUUGCAUUGGCGACGAACUCAUCGUGCAGUGAUAAACAUGCUCUUUGUGGGUUGCAACAUUGCCAUACAAACUGUAAUAUCAAGACAUGGAGAUGCAAUCCUAUACAGAAUGAUUAUAACUAUUGGGCACUUUGUGAAAUGGUCUUUGAUGAAGGCAAGCUAAUAAAGGAAAGGACAGAAAUGAAGGAACACUUGACUCAAGAAAAGUUUGACUAUCUACAAAAGUUGGUCAACAAGUGUGUAAUAAGCAAACAUGAUGCAACUAACAUUGUCCAUCAAAUUCAAAUACUAUUAGAAAAUGUAACAUAA